AUAAGAGUUCAAUUGUGGAAAUGGGAACUCUUGGGCAGGGGGGGCAUUGGCCCCAAUUGGUUUUUGCUUGUGCAAUUCUCUUCAUCGCAAACAAUGUGGUGGCAUAUGCUCCUUACAUUUAUAGCUCUCCUCCACCACCUACGUAUACGCCUUAUGUGUACAAGUCUCCACCGCCACCUAAGCAUGUGAGUCAUCCGGCUUAUUACUAUAAGUCGCCCCCGCCACCAAAAUAUACACCUUACAAGUCUAAUUCUCCACCACCACCGAAACAUGUGGAGAAACCAUCAUACUUCUACAAGUCGCCUCCACCGCCAAAGAGUAAUAGUCAUCCAAAAUACAAUUACAAAUCUCCACCACCACCACAAAAGCAUACACCAUAUGUCUACAAGUCCCCUCCGCCAAAACACAUUGAACAUCCACCAUACCAUUACAAAUCUCCACCCCCACCAUCCCCUUCACCACCACCUCCAUACGUCUACAAGUCCCCACCUCCACCAUCCCCUUCACCACCACCUCCAUACGUCUACAAGUCUCCUCCUCCACCAAAGAAAAUUGAACAUCCUCCACACCAUUACAAAUCUCCACCCCCACCCCCACCGUCUCCUUCUCCGCCACCCCCAUACGUCUACAAGUCUCCACCUCCACCAUCCCCUUCACCACCACCUCCAUACGUCUACAAGUCUCCUCCUCCACCAAAGAAAAUUGAACAUCCACCAUACCAUUACAAAUCUCCACCCCCACCCUCUCCUUCUCCACCACCUCCAUACGUCUACAAGUCCCCACCUCCACCAUCCCCUUCAUCACCACCUCCAUACAUCUACAAAUCCCCUCCCCCACCAUCUCCUUCACCACCUCCUCCUUACAUCUACAAAUCGCCUCCAUCACCAACCAAAAAAGUUCUACCAUGGCACCCAAAGUACAUCUAUAAACCACCCCCACCUCCAGCACACUACUAAGUUGACGUCAAAUUCAUGAAGUUGUUACAAGAAUAAUUUCUUUUUUCCUUUUUGAUGCUAUGUAUGAUGGUUAUUGGCAUUGCUUUUUUGAAUAAGAAGAGUUUAAAUUGCAAAUUCAUUUGUAAGAAGCACUCUAAUUGUAUCUAAAAUUUUUUAAUUAAUGAAGUUUUUGAUAUUUCGUAAUUGUUGCUUGAUCCCUAGAAGCAUGUUUUAU